AUGGCUGCCGGUGGGGGUAAUGUGCGACUGGCCGAGAACAUCUUUCAGCUGUUGGAGUCCUCGGACACAGCUCAAGAUAUCAGACAAGCCAUUUUGGACAAUCUGUCGUCAACAAAAGAAUCAUGGUUAAUUCACUUUUUGGUGGACUACUACUUUCAAACCCAGUCAACAAACAUCAUGGAGAUUCUGGCAGAUCUCCAGGAGUUGCAUGCCAAGGCUCUGAUGGACAAGCUGCAGGACGGGGUCAAGAUGCCUGUGACUCGACUCCCAGCCCUUCAGCUGGUUCUCUACCUGGUCUACAAGGAGCUGCCAUGGUGCCACAAGCUGGUGGGGAUGCCCCUGUUUACCUCUAUCCUCAAGUGUCUGGAGACUGAAAUUGAUGUUCCAAUUCUGAUGACUGGACUGAUGACAAUCGUCAUUCUGCUUCCGUCAGUUCCUGUCAGCAUCGGACCACAUCUGCAGCGUAUUUUUGACAUCUUCAGACGACUGGCAGUUUUUUGUGUUAAGAAACCAGCCAACACACCAGAAGUAUUCAUCCUCCAUUUGCAAGUGGCUCUGUACAGCCUCUUCCAGCGUCUCUAUGGCAUGUACCCCUGCUCGUUCAUCGCAUUCAUGAGCAAAUUCUGCUCCAACAAGGAAAACAUCCUGACCUACGAAGAAGUUAUGAUGCCGAUGUUAGAGAGGGUUCGGUUACACCCAAAGUUAAUCACAGGACAGAAUGAAAUAGAGACAUCAGCAAGCAGGUGGAAGAACCAGGAAACCCAUGACAUCAUUGUCAACUGCUCAAAAUUGUCGCUGGACCUAAUUGAAGGAUCCUGGGAAGACUCACGCUGUCCUGUGUUCCACACGAUCCAAUCAGUGGACAAGUACCGGCUGCUGAACCUGGAGUUUCCAUACGGAGGGAAGACUAAAGUGUCUUCAGAUACCCAAGCCACUAAUAAGAUGGUCGAUGAUGCAGCUUCAAUCAACUCCCUGUUUGUUCCGAGCCUGGAUGCCAGUGCUCUCGGCGAGAGUCCCUCUGUGCUCAUUGGGCUAUCUACUCCACCACUGUCGCAGCGGACCACCCCGGCAGCUAGCUUUCUGGAUCAGGGUUCUAACUCUGGUUUACUGUUUGACUCUGAGGCCACUCCGAGGCAGCACACGCCUUCCCAGACGGACGAGGGUGAAAGGACACCUCUAAGCCGGAGCAGCAGCAGAGGCACCUUUCAUAAAUCAUUAGAAACCAAACGAUCAAGCCUGAUUGAGUCGAAGACUAUCAUCCCUGUUCCACAGACCACGCCAGUCACACCAGGCUCCCACAACUUGAUCUCUCCCUCACCGUACUCACCCAUGGGCAUGAUGGAGUCUUCUCCUCUCAGAUCUAAGUCAAGUGCUUUUGUAGCCCCAACCCUUCUGUGGAGCCCGGCAGCUCGAAGCCUCCAGUUUGAGAGAUCACUAGAAGAGGAAGAUGGUGAAACCAUUGAGGUCAGUGAGACGUUACCUGCACCAUCACCUGGUGUUGUUCAGUCUUGUUUCCACUGCUUUAUUGUUGUCAUUCAGCGUGAGAUGGAUGGCAGUGUCACAGUCAGGCCAUCUGAAGGUACAGUUCUGGGAUCGCAAUCUUUGGCAGCUGCAGUUGUGCCUGUGGAGUCUUUACCUGGCAUUAUUGGUGACAUGAACACACCUGAUACAGAAAAACUAGACCAAGAAGUGGAGGCAAUCAACGAGAGUGUGGAUCACUUCCAUGAAAAUCCCAGCCCUUCGUCAUCUGUGUCCACUCUUGCAUCACAGACAGAUGUGACAGUGGAAUCUGUUCGACAGUUCAUGAAGAAAGUCAACAGGAUUCGCUUCAACAGCUUGACCUCAAACUCAUCAUCAGACUUUGAUGCUGUCUCCGUCACCCAGGGGCCGCAGAGUCAGCUGGUAGGGCGUCCACGUUCCUGUCCUCCUCUGAAGAGACACAAACUGCCAGGGCACACAGUCCCCGAGAACAGCUUGACCCCCAGAAUGAAAUCUAAACAGCAGACGUUUGCCAGGGAGCGGCUGUCAUCAGGUAGAGGGCUGGGCAGACAGAUCAGCAUGGUGGACACAAAAGUUGUGUCUGACUACCAACAAGGGGAGGACAGUUCUGAUGACAUUGCCAGUUAUAGCACUGGAAGUUCCAAAGAUACACCUUUAAAAAGCAAACCCCAAAUGAAAGAUUCACAGGAUGUUGACCCCAGGGCGGAUCUGAUACCCCCGCUGCCUUGUGCUAUUAGCCAGGUGUUUCAGUUUAUAUUUGCCCCAUCCAAGCUGGCAGUCUGCAGCAGCUGCUACCAGCAGGUGGUGCUGACUUCAGACAAGCCGGCAGCUCUGGAUACAGCUGUCACCACGACCUUCAGAGAUAAUGAGGUGUCUUUAUUCAGUGUGAUGUCCCCUCCAGAACUACUGGACAGACACCUCAGACUGGGCUCGGACCUCCACGCCAAGGAACUCACUCAGAUCCCCUUGACCAGCAAGGAGUCUACCAACUGGACCCACUUUGGAGGUGUUCCUCCAGCAGACGAGGUGAAUAUUCUCCGAGGCCAGAUACUGUUGAUCCAAAACCAGCUGUUGUAUGAGCGCCACAAGAGGUCCAACCAUGCUAAACGAAAUCGGCGACUGCUGCGGAGGAUUACCCACGUGACCAUGUUGGAAGAGCAGCAGAAGACUCUAGCAGAACAGAUGAACCUGCAGGAGAAGGAGAUUCAGCAGCUGAAGGUCAGCGUGAAGCUGCUGCAGGAAGACAACAGGAUGUUGCGCCAGGGUCAGGAGUCUGAUGAGUACCAGAAAUUGGUGCAGUUCAGAACUUCAUUGAAAGAGAACAAGGAUCUGAAGGCGGCCAGUGUGGUGCUGAAAAACCUGCUGCUACAGCAGAAGGAAGAACAUGACAGGCAGCAGAAAAGACUGGACAGUGUCCUGCAUAAAAAUCUGGAGAGUGAAAAGGAACUGGAGAUCUGCAGGGAGAGGCUUGCCCUCACAGACAAACUCUCACAGAGGGUUUUCCAGCUGCAGAAAGAGCUACUGCUGACGCAGGAGUUCCGACAGAAAUGCCAGGAACAGCUUCAGCAGAACCUGGUGACCCCCAGACACAAGAUGGAGGAGUCAUUGUUGAUCAACUCACUGAAAGCUGAGAUUGCAGAUUUUACCAGAAGCAACAAGAAGAAAUCAAAUAUGUUGGAAGCCUACCAGACUCGAGUGGUGGAGUUGGAGGAGCAACUGAGAUUAAAGGAAAAUGCCAUUGCUGAGCUCAAGCGCAACUUUGAAGAUGCUAAACAUCGACACGACGACCAGGUGAAGGCUGUUGAAGAGCGGUGUCAGAGUAUGGUACACAUAGCUCAACAACUAGAGGCCAAGGUCAUGGAACUGACCUGCAAGCUUGACCAGACUGCACACAGGAACAUGGUGGAUGCUAUGAAGGCCAUUGGUGCCAGUUGUGGGGGUGUUGGUAGUGCCACUUCUGGAUCUACCGCUUCUGUAGGGAUUACAGACAACAGCGAGCCUCUUGAACUCACAGAAGUCGAAUCCAGCUUUGCUAAAGCCAGCUUUGAUAUCAACAGACCAAAGUCAGCUAAUGUGACAGACAAUGACAGUGCAGCAGUUCUCGUUUCAGAAAAACCCAAGAAUAUCACUAAACAUUCUAGUUUUGAGGUCAAAGGUCAGGUCGAUUUGGUCACCAAGCUUCCAGCUGAGGUGACGGUUGUUGUUGCCGGAGAUGAGGUGUCUGUUGUCGGUUCAACCUUCAGAGACAACUCCCCAGAAGCCUUACAUCCUGAUCAGGUACUCACAGAGUCAGCUCAAGAUCUUGUGGACAUUGACCUGCCCUCGGACUCCGGAGCUGCCAGCAGAACAUCCUACAGAGUGGACAGCGACGCCAGCAUGAAGUCAGUCUCUGGACACAGUCUGGCCACUGGAGACAGCGGCUGCUGGCCCAAGGACUAA